AUGAAGUCACAACUCUCAAAUGUUGAAGUAGAGCCAGUGCCAAUUGAGGAAGAUGAAUUGUUAAAUAGGAAAGUUAUGAGUGCUGAUGUGAAAGAGAAUGUAAUAGACGAAAAUGAAAAUAUUCUUCCAAAGACAUCAACUGCAAGGCUAGAAGAAUUACAAGACAAGGCAGAUGAUGUCCAACUAGUUCCAUUAAAUAACUAUGAUAUUGGUUUAAUUAAGGAAUUAUUUUGCACUGCUGAACAAAUAGAAAAAUUUGUUCAUCAUGGACCCAUUGUUCACCCAACAAAAUUUCCAAAAGAUGCAUUGCCUAAAUCAUUUCCGCGCACGUUAUUUCACAUUGCCAUGCCAAAUGGCGAAAAAAUUCCACGAGAUUGGCUAACGUGGAGUGAGACGAAGAAUGCCCUUUACUGUUUUCCCUGCCGACUUUUCUCUAAAAUGCCAGAAACCCAUCGAUCGGCAUUAUCUCUGCCAACAGGAUAUUCCAAGCCCAAGGACAAUAAAUGGAAGAAACUUUAUAAAAAAAUUCCUCAUCAUCAAUCCAGCAGUGGGCAUAAGAUGUGUUAUGUAGAAUGGAGACGAUUAGAAGAAAAUCUCAGAGAUAAUACAACUAUCAAUUUUCUACUAAAUGAUAAUAUAAAGACAGAAGUGGAAAGAUGGAAGCAAAUACUUCGUAGAGUAUUAGAUGUUAUCUUGUUUUUAGGUGAAAGAGGUCUUGCAUUUAGAGGCGAUAGUCAUCUAAUUGGUGACCCCAAAAAUGGGAAUUUUUUGGGAAUUAUGGAACUCAUUGGUCAUUACGAUUCCAUUCUACAUGAUCAUCUCGAAAAAGUAAAAGCUUCUCAACAGAGCCAUAAGGGAAUGCAAGCACAUUAUUUGUCAAAUGAUAUCCAGAAUGAGUUUAUUCAGUGCUGUGCAGAUAAAGUCACAGAUGUGAUAUUAGAUGAGAGGGAGAAGUGCAAAUAUUUUUCAAUGAUUGUGGAUGCAACGCCUGAUACAGCUCAUAUUGAGCAAAAUGUUUUUAUUUUAAGAUACGUCUUACAGGACAAAUUGACAGGAAAAUAUGAGAAACAUAAAAUACCACUGAUGUGCUGUCGUGGACAAGGAUACGACAAUGGGAGUAAUAUGAAAGGUUCAGUCAAGGGAGCACAGGCUCGAAUUCUUCAACAUUAUCCACUUGCCACUUACUCUCCCUGUGCUUGUCAUAAAAAUCGUGCUGAUCUAAAUGGGUUUAUUUCAUAUAUGGAAUCGUUUGAAUGCAUUCUGAUGUCCGCUAUAUGGUUCAAAGUACUUACUGCUAUCAAUUACACCAAUCUUGUUUUGCUAGCACGGAAUGCUACAUUGGAUGUAGAAGUGACCAAGAUCAAACGACUAAUUGAUGAAUUAAAAACUCUUCGAGAUAAAUGGGAUUCUAUUAUGGUGGAGAGGAAUAUCAGUAGACGAUAUGAAGCUGCAUAUGAAAUUGACGAAACUUUUAACUUUCUCUGGAAGUAUAAUCAUUACGAAGAGGAAGAAAUUCGCCGAAGGAGUAAGGAUUUUGUGAAUAAAUACAAGGAUGAUGUUUCCAUGGAGCUGAUUGAUGAGCUUUUGCAUUUGAAAUUUAUCCAUGAUGUUAACAUCAAAAAUGAUUUGGACCCCUUUCUUCUUCUCAAUAAAAUCAACGACCUGAAACUUAUAUGUCUUUUCCCCAACAUUUGUAUUGGCCUGAGAAUUUUUUGUACAUUACCAGUUACGGUAGCACAAGCUGAACGGUCUUUUAGCAGACUGGUGCUUAUAAAAAAUGAUCUAAGAUCAACAAUGACGCAAGGUAGAGUUUCUGGCUUUUAG